GAAUUAAAGAACCCUAUAAUUUACCCACCCGAACGGCCAGGCGACACCCUGUCAUAGCGUUUAAUCUCGCAACCCAAUCCCAAGGUCGGCACGAUCAUUAAUCACAAUAACAGGUCUAAAGGGGAUGUACAGAGCAGCGAUACACAUACGUAUUCUCUGAGCCCGCGGGGUUUCAAACAAGUAAUCUGUGGAUCACAGAGUCUGCUCACGUGAAGGGAACUGUAAGAUAGGCAGCUUGAAGUCUUAGCAAAACAUUUCGGAGAGUAUUUGGCUUGAAAGAAGAUGGUUCUAAAACGGUCUAUUUGGCUCAUUUGCUGUCUUCUUUUGCAUCAAGUAUCCCAAGAAGAAUGCGCUUCAUAUCAGAAAGAGGAUGUGAAAUACUGGUAUUCGUUAUCCCAGCGUGCUCUGCGAGAUUCUUUGGCUCUCACUCUUAACAAUAACGUGGCAAAGAAUGUAAUUUUAUUUUUGGGAGAUGGAAUGAGUUUACCCACUAUUAUGGCGGCUCGUGUGCUCAAAGGCCAGAGGAUGGGACGUCGAGGAGAGGAGACAUGGUUGACCUGGGAAAACUUUCCUCAUAGUUGUCUAAUUAAGACAUACAAUGCCAACACUCAAGUAUCUGAUUCAGCUAGUACAGCAACAGCUUACCUCUGUGGUGUGAAGAAUAAUUAUGAAACUGUAGGUGUGUCAGCUGCUGCUAACCAUAGUGAGUGUUUUACAACAUUUGGUGCAGAGGUAUCGUCAAUAUUGCAGUGGGCUCAAGAAGAAGGUAAAGAUACGGGUUUUGUAACCACUGCCAGAGUCACCCACGCAACCCCAGCUGCGCUGUAUGCACACUCCGUGAACCGAGACUGGGAGUCAGAUGAUAAAAUACCAUAUAACUCCACCAAGUGUAAAGACAUUGCCCGACAACUUGUGGAGGACGUGCCUGGAAGAGAUAUCAAAGUAAUACUAGGAGGAGGACGACGUCAUUUUUUUAGUAACCAUAUAAUGGAUCCUGAAGAAGACCAAUACCAUCUUAGAAAGGACGGGCGAGACCUCGUAACCGAAUGGACCAAUGAUAAAGCCCGAAGACAUGCUUCUUUUGCAUUUGUUACUACCACCAAGGAAUUCCAAACUAUAAACAUAAAUAAAACAGAUUAUUUGUUAGGGCUUUUCAGUUACUCCCACAUGCAGUAUGAAUUAGAAAGAAAUAAAGGACCAGAGGGUGAACCAUCGAUAGCUGAGAUGACCAAGACUGCCAUCAAAAUGCUUCAGAAAAAUUCAAAUGGCUACUUUUUAUUAAUUGAAGGUGCCAGAAUAGACCAUGGCCACCACGACACCUUAGCUCGCCAUGCCCUGGAAGAAACCCUUACUUUGGAAAAGGCAGUUAAUGAGGCUUUAUUAAUGACAAGUCGAGAUGAUACUCUUGUUAUUGUGACUGCAGAUCAUUCUCAGGUAAUGACAGUGAACGGAUAUGCUAAGAGAGGAACACCAAUACUUGGAUUUGCAGGAGUGUCCAAUGUUGACAACCUACCUUACACCACUCUUAUGUACACCAAUGGUCCAGGAUAUUCUAAGGGAGGACAUAGGGCAAAUUUGACAGGUGUAGAUACCACUCACAAAGACUAUCAGCAGCUUUCUUUGGUUCCAAUGACUGAAGAAACUCACGGUGGUGAGGAUGUUGCCCUAUAUGCUAUUGGGCCUAUGGCUCAUUUGUUUCAUGGAGUGCAAGAACAGACAUACGUAGCCCAUGCCAUGGCCUACACAUCAUGUGUGGGUCACAACAAAGAACAUUGUCAAAAAAAACCUCAGGAGCAAUAUGAAAACUGUGGAGUGAAGUCAGCCUUCAGAAACACAUUGUUGGCAAUUUGUUUUGUGGUGUUUUUCAUUUGAGGAAAUUUUUUAUAACUUUUAUAUAUAUUUCAUAUGGUUUGUAUCAUUUAUCUGAAUAAUAUUAUAUUUCCAAAGUGUACACACUUGCACAUAAGGUGUCGUGUUUAGUAUUAUUACUGUAGUUGCUUUAUUUGGAUGGCCUAUAAUUAUUAUCUGAUCUGAACAAAAGUACAAUGAACAACAAGUUCAGUGCAUAGCUCAUAACUUUAUCCAGUGGUUUUGUUCUUGUAUAUCUAUAGAUAUUCUGACAACUUUAAGCCCACUGUCCAAAUAUAUUUGGCCAUAUGGAGGACCAUUGUCUUCUAUUGAAGUAACAAAAUAAGACUUUAGUUUAAAUAUGAUGUCACAGUAAGAAAAAACAAAAAGAAACAGUUAAGAGUCAAGAUGAGAAGAUAUUAGUCAAAUAAACAUCUCAGUGUUGUAUUAAGGGCCAUUUUUUUGUUUUAAUCCUUAUCUGUAAUUAUUAGGGAUGCACGGGUACCCUGCCAGAUAUUGGGCUACCCAGUAAUGUUCUGCUCCGGCCGAGUAUCGAAGUUAGGCAUCUAAGCCCUAAUAUUUGUGGCAACUAACACGGUACUGAAAGUUACACUCAAUAAUUGGUUUAGUUUUUUAAAAAAAAAUGUGUUCCAGGCACCAAAGACUGACUGCCCACUGAAAGUCAGGGAUUCAGAGAACAAUAGGGGUUAAUAACAGGCAUGGCUUGAGAAGUGGAUUUCUGGGGAAGAUGAAGGUUUUGAGAACAAUAGGGGUUAGGGUUUGAGAAGUUGGGGCUAGGCAUUGAAAGUAAAACUUGAAUGUUCUGUUGGUGAUUAUUUGGUUAUAUGUAAUAAACAUCAAUUUUGUUUUUGUUUAUAAUUUUUGUGUAUAUUUGGGGGGGAGAACUCAGUCCCAGUUGAUACCUGGCCCUGGCCAAAGCUUAGUGACCAGGUAUCCGGACCCAGUGUUCAGCCAAAUUUUGCUACCCGUGCAUCCCUAGUAAUUAUAUUACAUCAGUAUGACUUUAAUAAUUAACUUUAACAAUUUGCAUCCAUACUAAACAGGAAUGUGUUCUUAUUGAUACUUUUCAGUUUUUAAGAUGCAAAUGUGAAACACAAAGUCUAUAGUACAAAGUAUUUUAAAUGUCUAUAAUUGUUAUCAUUUUAACUACUGAAGAUUCCCAAUAUCCAAAUAUUGUGGAUUGCACUGAAAAAAAUUCAGGCAACAAUAAUAAUGAAGUAAUGAUGUUAACUUCACUAUACUGACAGAUAUGUGAAUUUUUAUGUUGGUUUGAAAUGUAUUUUUUUAAGAGUAAAACAAAUAUUGUAAACAACUGAUACUGUUUUACUUUUUUUUUGGUGUGAAUGAUUAUGUAAUCAUUGAUUAAAAUCCAUUUUGUAAAUCUAGUUUGUUGUUAUAUUAUUGUAUAUUAUUUGGGUAUGGCUUAAAAGUAUAUAUUUUAAUACCUUUUACUUAUGUCAGUAAAGAGAAAAACAAUCUGUCAUGUGUUUCAGUUACACAGAAAUAAAGAAGUACAAAGUAUAUACUCCUGAAUGUGUGAAUAACCUACAUACUUUCAAGCUGCCAUGAUAGUAUAAUGCAAUUCAAAUCUUUGUACUAUAUCUUCAAAUUAAUCCUGUACAUAACUAACAAAUAAUUGUUUCAUUGUUUGAGAAUAACAUAGAUUAUAUAUUUUGUUGCAUACAAGUUUUUGUUUCACUAUAUGUUACACAUUCUCAAAGUUAUCUACUUAACUGUCUAACCAGGUAAGAUAAAAUAAAAAUAACCAACUGACAUCACUCAUAGUUUUUCAUCACAAAAUGGAAUUCUAAAUAUCUAAAUGCUUUUGUUGAAACAGAUUUGAAUGUGUUUGACCAAAAUAUACAACUGACUUUGAACAUAAAUGAUCUAUUUCCAAAGAAUUAUCUAAAAGGUACAAUCUGAUUGGAAUACAGCUGUAUCUAAUGUUAUCAUACAACCAAAAUAGAUGUACAUGAGCAUAUAGUGUAUUAUAUGGAAUUUGAUGAGUCAAUAACUUUAUAUAAUGUUGUCAUACAUUCAAAAUACCUGUAUAUAAGCAAGUAGUGUAUAUUACAUGGAAUCUUGUUGGUGAAAAGCUGUAUGUCAUACAAUCACAAUAGUUGAAUAUGAGCAUUGAGUGCAUAUUACAUGGAAUUUGGUUAGGGAACAGCUAUAUGAAUGUUCUCCUAUAACCACAAUAGUUGUACAUGUAGAUGUAGUAUGUAUCAUAUAGAAUCUGGUGAGUUAACAGCUAUAUGAAUGUUCUCCAAUAACCACAGUAGUUGUACAUGUAGUGUGCAUUAUAAAGAAUCUGGUGAGUUAACAGCUGUAUGUAAUGUUGUCCUACAACCACAAUAGUUGUACAUGUAGUGUGCAUUAUAAAGAAUCUGGUGAGUGAACAUCUGUAUGUUAUAUUGCCAUACAACCACAAUAGUUGUACAAGAGCAUGUAGUGUAUUACAUGAAAUCUGGUUAGUGAAAAACUGUAUAUAAUUUUGUUAUACAACCACAAUAUUUUUAAAUGAGAAUCCAGUUAUUGAACAGCUACUUAUAUCAUUUAUUAUACAGCCACAAUAGAUGUAAAUGAGCAAGCAGUGUGUAUUACAUGGAAUUUGGUUAGUGAACAGGUGUAUUGUCAUGCAAUUUACAAUAGUGGUAGAUGAGCACUUACUGUAUGUUACAUGGAAUCUCAUUAGUGUAUAGCUGUAUCUAAUGUUGUCAUACAACCACAGCAGUUGUACAGGUAGUGUACUAAAUGGAAUAUAAUUAUUGAACAGCUGUAUCUAAGAUUUACAAACAAAUCACUUUCACUAAGACAAUAAUUUAACUUAUCUAAUGAGAAAAUAAUUUCAACUAAAAACCCUACAUUUGUAUUAUAACCUAAGAUUGAAUUAUUAUCUGCAAAUAUAAUCUGUUUUGUAUAAAAUAAUAAAUCCAGUAUAUCGUUAACAACAGUGGUCCCAGAACAAUGCCCUGAGAAACACCUUUUGCACUUAUUUAGUCAUAAGAAUAUCUGUUAUUGAUAUUAACUUUUGAAAUUUUGUUUUAUAAAUACUCUCUAACCAGUUAUGCAUUUCACCCCUUUUUUCAAUUGUGAAUGUUUUUUUAAUAAUAAAUUAUGAUUUACACAGUCAGAUGCUUUAGAUAAGUCUAAAAACACUUCUAUGACAAAUUAACUUUUCUCCAUUUUAUCAAUAAUACACUCACAUGAAACUUGAAAAGCUUGUUGUGUUGAUUUGCCCUUAUAAAAAUCAAACUGAUAUUCACACAAUAAAUCAAAGUUAUUAACAAAAUCUACUAUAAAUUGAUUUUUCUAAUA